AUGCACGACGGGGAUACCGGUUUAGCCUACGUAUUACCGUGGCAGGUGUCUGUCACCAUCCGCUCGUCGUAGGGUAACAGCAUCACGGGCUCGGCUCUGCACGUUCUUGUCUUCUACCUCCCCACCGCAUACAGACGCGGACCCGUGAAGGCGAAUCACUUAUCUCCCCACGCAGCGCCCCUGCUUUGUUCUUCGACUUGACCCUCUAAUGGAUUGGGCGCAAGGAGGCGAAUCAAUGGCGCCGACGCUCGCCGCCCCGGGAGCCUCUCCGGCGGACGGCCAUAGAUCCCGAGCCGCUGCAGUUGAUCCAUUUUUAGCGAGCCCUGAGAUUGACAGAGGGGGGGCGGCCCGGCACUGGAUUUCCCCGGCGGCCAGCCCGUCCCUGCGCCUCCUCUCGGCUCUCGCACCGGACACUCCUGCCUCCCGCUCAGAUUUGGCCCCUGUUCGUGCUCUGCCUUUGCUGAAUCCCCCUCCCACUCCGCCUAGCAUGCUCCUGGAGGAACAAGAGAGGGCGCAGAUGGACCAGAGUCACGGGCCGCCACACCUCUGUCCUUUUCUCAAGCUAUACAGGACCCUAGGCUACGUAAUAGGCACAUCACGGAUGGCGGGGCUACUAACCCGCUCGAAAUAACCAUGGCCUAGCGAUCUUACGGAACGGGCUGACACCUAUCCCGAUGUAUAUGUACGACCCAGAUAAGCGGGCCGGGGUGCAUAUGCUCUAUUUUAUAUUUUCGCUGCAAUGAAGUAUCCACAUAACUCAGACGAGUAGCCGCGCCAGGCCCACUAGCAACAACACUGUAGUGUCGACCCUCCGUGACAUCUUCAGUGGCGGUCGCUAACACGCAGCUUGCAGCACAGGACGGUGGUCGGGGAACCGGCGACGCUCCAUUAUAGCACCGGCGUCCACACGCAAUGUCGUCGCAGAGCCUGCGACACUCCAUUGCAGCGCCGACGGCCACACACGAAGCCUGCGACGCUCCAUUGCAGUGCCGAAGGGACAGCAGAAAACGGGGAAGCAGUUGUGGCCCUACGGUGUAGCAGCAGGAGUGGUCGGAAUACAGGCGAGCUCGGCGCAAUGGCUGCGGCUCGGUCGAGCUCGGGAGAAGGCAGGAGAGGCGUCGGACGGCUGUGCGUGAGGGGCUGCUCCAUGGUGUGCGGCCGGUAUCCUCCUGUGAAGAGAGAGAGAGAGAGAGAGAGAGAGAGAGAGAGAGGGGGUGAUGGUGAUAGACGGAGGUAAAAGGAGGGAAGUGCUUUGAAGGAAUAUAAGCGGUGGUCGACGGCUCUACAUGUUCAAUCGCAUGCAGAAAGAAGGGAAGAGAGAGAGAGGGGUAGCAGCGAUCAAUCCACUAAGUACGUCGCCUCAUCCUACGUAAAAAUGUAUGUACAUGCGAAGACAUUCGGUGCUCAUAGUUUUACUUUGUUUGUUAUAUAUAUGUGUGCGUGUGUGUUUGUGUGUGUUGAUCUGCCUUACUCCUCUUAUUAAUAUUUGUUUAGGUAAACUCAUUGCAUAUAGUAUAUCACAAUGAUUGUAGUGUACGGAUAAACUCAGAUUUUGUCUGAUCUGUUGUAUGCUAAUUUAACCCGAUUUAAUUUCUAACCAUGGCAACAAUGCUCAGUUCUUUAUUUUAAAUGGUUCUGGACCUGAGAUGCAGAAGUCAGUAGGAUGCAUGUUCUGAACUUUUCAUUGAGAUUUAGACAAUACCACGGUUGAAAUUGCUAAGCAUGAUAUUGAUGUAUGAUGUUUCUGAAAAUAUAUAAAAAGAUAUGGAAAAAUAUAGAUUGUCAAGGACGGGGAUAGUACACUCUUUGCCAAACUAGCGUCCCAAAGUACCUUUGAUCCAUAGUACUUUUUCAUCAGAGACUUUUCUUCAGCGUUGGCUGUUAAUAAAGUAGAUUUAUGUUGCUUGGGUGACAAGAGAGUUAAGGGUAGUCAAGGUGCCUAGGUUUCAUUUUGGAAUGCGAAAGUUGUAAUCAGUUGAUUUUUUUUCUCCAUAGCAAUGCAUGGGCAUUCAACUGUGUGUCUUUUUAUGUAGACAAGUGCAUGUAUAUAUUUUAACAAAUGUAUAACUAAGUUUUUGGUUAAGACAAAUCUUGAUAUUAUCACAUAUGUGAGUGUUCCCCAUGACAACACACAGACCCAUGAGCUAAACAUGGAAGAAUUUUUCUCUCCCGUUGCUACGCACGGGCAUUUUUGCUAGUAAUAGUAAUCUAUCUAUCUAUCUCUAACUCUCUUCUACUACUCUUAUAAAAAACAGAGUUAGUGAUGAUGGUGUGCCUGCCAUCCUGCAAUAUAGGUCGUCCGAUUUAUAUUUGAUGGAUAGGAAGGAAACUAUGGCAAUUUUGCAAAAAGAUAUCCACACCCCUCUCCACAUUUGUAGAUAAGGCCUUCCCUCGUUCAUCUUCGUCUCCCACGAGAUAAACAGCUCGUAUAAAUGUACCUUGAUGUUUACGUGCAACGCAUGGGCCUCUUGCUAGUCUCAAAUAUAAACUGCACUAGUGCGCGCCCACAGAACAUCCUUUCUGAAGGGAUGAAGCCGUACAGUUACCAUAUCCUCUCAUGUAAACCAGCUCCAUAAGGGACAAGGCAGUUGGUCGCCAUUGCCAUGGAUUCGCAAGGCGGUGGUGCUUCUCGUCCUUGUCAAGGUUGGCAUACCUUGGACGACAAUCCUUUGGGACAAAUCGUAAGUCGCUCUGGCUUCCUCACAUCCGCAAGACUUAGCGGUACUUGCACCAAAUAUUUUAAGGGGGUGCAUAAAUAUGCGUGGGAGAAGGCCAUGCUAGUUGGCCUGCGAUGCGUCCUCGAGGACGAGGAUGUUUCCUUGGGGGUCUCUCCAGUGCGGUGUGGCCGUAGUUGCAAGUUGAAGCCCCUUGAGAUGCCGAUGUUGAGGGGCACUCAUAUUUUGUCCGAUGAGCAGGUUAGGCUUGGUGCCAGUGGAGAUUGGCUUGCAUAUGUAUGGGAAGGUAGCAACAUCAAUUUGUACAACAUUUACAACGGUGACACCGUUCCCAUAAAACCUUUGUCCAACAUUGGGAUCAGCCAUGCAAUGGGCCAUCGCAUGAAUUGGUAUGAUGGAACCACAGUGAGAUUGAAGAAGAUAGCAAUCCCGAAAUCCCUGAUAAGGUCAUCCGCCAACCAAAAUUACACUCUCAUCGCGGUGUUCGACAUUGCGAUUGCUUUCACGAACCCUGCACAUGGCGAUCAAAGGUGGACCAUGCUGUCAGCGGCCGAUUUGUUGCCGUAUGAGUACAAAGACGUUCUGCUCCUUUCUAACCGCAUCUUCGCGGUGGCAAACCAGGCGACUUGUUUAUGGGACACAUCCUACGGAAACUGAGUGCAAUAAUUGAGUAGUUUUGCAAACUACCAGUACUACACCUAAAAUGGUUCAAAAUCAAUACCACCACCACGCCCGCGUCUGACCGCCCUGGCCGACCCAAACCCCCUCCCUUGCCGGCGCACACUUCCCGUGUGAAACAUUCAGCGUUGCCCCAGAGCGUCCGUGUCGCAUUAAUGCCCGGCCAGAGCGGAGGCGACCACUCACUGGCGCCAGCUUUGAUGCAGUGCGACGGCCGAGAUAGCGCCGCUUCCCGGUGCAUGCAACUGCUCCGCGUCGAGGCUGGCCAUAGUGGUCGUGGUGGUAACUUAGCUGGUACAUACACUCGAGAAUAGCAGACACGGUGAUGUGGCAGAGAAUUAAAGAAGAGACAGGGGGUCAUGCAUGGCAAUAAAUAUGAUCAUCUAUGCUACUACUCUACGAUACUAUGCACUACAAAAGUAGUAUAUCAUACACUAGCAUCAUGCACUAGUAUUAUGUUGUAUAUGAUACUCCCCACUAUAAGUAGCCUCAAAGGACACCAUGGUCGGUCGUCAUCCGAGCGCCGCCCACAUUACAGUUGCAACUUGUUUAGAGUAGGUUUUACUGUGGUUUGUAUGAAAACUGUAAUGUAUCUCAUCCGGUUUAUAUGAAAAGUUUUCGAAAUGUAA